AUGGAGGGGAUACCGCACCCAAUACCUCGGACCGUGGAAGAGGUCUUCGGUGACUUCAAAGGAAGGCGCGCUGGCUUGAUCAAGGCUCUCACUACAGAUGUCGAGAAGUUCUACCAUCAGUGCGACCCUGAGAAGGAGAAUCUGUGUCUUUAUGGAAUGCCAAAUGAGACGUGGGAAGUUAACUUGCCAGUGGAGGAGGUGCCUCCUGAGCUUCCUGAACCUGCAUUAGGCAUUAAUUUUGCUAGAGAUGGGAUGCAAGAGAAGGAUUGGUUGUCACUUGUUGCAGUUCACAGUGAUUCAUGGCUGCUUGCUGUUGCUUUUUAUUUCGGGGCACGUUUUGGUUUUGGCAAGAACGAAAGGAAGAGGCUUUUCCAGAUGAUAAAUGAAGUCCCCACAAUAUUUGAAGUCGUGUCAGGAGCGGGCAAGCAACCCAAGGACCAGUCUGUAACUCAUAACAACAACAGCAGCAGUAAAAGCAAAUCAAGCUCAAAGAUGCAAGCUCGGCAGCCGGAGCCCCUCACAAAGGCAGUGAAGAUGUCUCCACCACCAAAGGAGGAUGACGAGAGCGGGGAAGACGAGGAGGAAGAUGAUGAACAGGGUGCAACCUGUGGGGCAUGUGGCGAGAGCUACGGAACGGACGAGUUCUGGAUCUGCUGCGACGUGUGCGAGAGAUGGUUCCAUGGCAAAUGCGUGAAGAUUACACCUGCAAAGGCUGAGCACAUCAAGCAGUAUAAAUGCCCUGGAUGCAGUGGCAAGCGGGCAAGAGUCUAG